UAACUGAACACUGGAUGGGCCGUUCAAAAGGCUCUGACUUGAGUGACGAGUCUCGUCUCUCCUGUCAAACAAACGGAAGACGUUUGAAACUUCUAAAUGUUUUCGAGUUGCGGGACAGAAUUGUUGCUGCCGGGAUGAACAAUAUUCACAUUUUGCGACCUGCAAGAAGUGUGCAUGAGAGGUCCGGCUUCUUCCCCUGACAUUUCGUGGUGCUCCUACCACCUUUAAUUGAAGUGCUGGCCUAUUAGAAUGUGUCUUUUGAACAGAAUUGCCUGCCUUUUUUCUUAUAUGCCUAUGAAAAUGUGUAAGUUGCCAAGAUGUCUGGUGAAGCAAGUGUUGAGGUAUCAGUCCCGACAGAUUUAACUGUGACAAGUGAUGGUGAAAGUGAAGUGGGAUAUGCAGCAAGUAGAAGACAUGCAAGAGAGCUUCAGGCAUUGGCAGCUGACAGAGCAGAGCUACAACGCACGGUAGAAAAGCAAAAGCUUGAACUCCAGAGCAGAGAUGCUCAGAUAGCUGCUCUAAAUGCACAGCAUGAGGUAGCUAUUGCAAAUGCAAUUGCACAGAAAAACAAUGAAAUCAGUUCUAGGCAGAUUCAAGUUAACAGGCUGGAAGCUGAAUUGCUAAGAACUAAAGAGGAGUUGAACACAAUCCAUGAACGAGCAGCAAGGGAACUUGCGCAGCUCACACAGAAAUGUGCAGUCUUCCAGCAAAAUCAGAAAAGAUUGAUGUUACGACAGGAUGAGAUAAAAUCUUCCUUGUCAAAUCUUGAGCUGUCUGAAGAGGAGUUUGUUCGUCUACGUUCUAUUCCUGUCCAACAGUUAACAUUGCAGCAGUAUACUUCGCUGCGGGUCUAUGAGCUCGUGUGGCCUCUAAGAUUGAAAGUGAAGGAACUAGAAUCAGUUCGGAAUUCUCUUGAAAGCAUGAUUAAUAACAAGAAUUUGGACUUGAAAUCCAAAACUGAGCUUUGUCAGAAAUUACAAAAGGAUAUUGAAGAACUGCAGCAUAAAUCUGAACACUAUGCUAGUCAAUUGAUUGGUCUCAGAGAUGAACAAAGGACUGAUGACUUUAAGGUAAGGAAUUUUAAUAGGAUAAAAACAGAGAGGGAUCAGUUUGAAGAGGAGAAAAAUUCUAGCGCUAAGAAAGUAUGUGAGUUGGAAUUAAUGGUUGCAACACUGAAAAAAGAGCGUAAUAUUUUGGAAGAGAGAUACAGUGAGUAUAAGGCCAAAUCAAGAAAACAAGAAAGUGAGUUAGAUCACUGUCAGAAUGACCUAACUGAUACAAAAUCAAAGCUUGAUAAAGUAAAUGAAGAGCUUCGUUCAGUUUCCAGAAGUUUGCGUCAAGAAAGAGAGCGGUGCGAAGAGCUUCAUGAAAAGUAUGUUUCAUCCCGAGGAGAAGUAACUUCACUCACUGAAAACAACCAAGAUCUCCACCAUGAGGUGAAGCUCCUGAGAGAGAAACAUCAUGCUUGCAUUGUAGAAUGUACUAAUUUGCAAAGUAAAGUGGAUCUGUUUACAGCAAAAAAUGAGGAGUUGACUAAUGAUGUUGAUAAGUAUAAGACAAAGUAUGAUACAGAAGUCAAAGCCCUUGAAUGGCAGCUUAAAGAAUUUAAAGAAAGCAACAUGACUCUUUCAAAAUCACAUGACAGUUUAUUAAGUGACAAUUCAAAAUUCCGACAAGAAAUUCAGGAUCUAGAACUUGCAUUACAUAAAGAGAAGCUUUUAAGAGAAAGGGAAACUGUAUCAUUGAAGGAGGAACUGAAAAAGUUUAAACAAAGUCUUAAAGAAUAUCAAGCUCUUGAAGAUGAGUAUGCAAAGAAUAUAAAAGCAGCAGCUGCCCUCCCUGAGGAUCAAGCCAGCACUUCAAUUGGCAGAAUUCUUCCUGGUCAUGCCCUUGCAGGAAAUAAGGCAGUAGAGCAGAGUGUUCAGUUAACAAGGAGAAUUCUUUUAUUGGAAAGACAGAAUACAGAGGCAGCUACCACAAUCCAAAAGCUUACUGAUGUAUUAGAACAGCUUAAAGGUAAAGUUGCUUCCUAUAAAAGUGCUUUGAGCUUAGCUGGGCAGCCCUAUGCAACUGUUUUAGAACGUGUUGCUUCAUUAGAUGACCAGGUGACAACGUUACAAGACGCUUUGAAUUUCAAUUCUGUGUCAAAAAAAACAUUAGAGGAAGAAAAUAAAUCAUUAAUGAGAGAUGUAGCAAACUUACAGCAAGCAUUAGAAAAUCAGACUUUACAGAACAAUGAAUUACGUGCAAUAAAACAACAUUUGAUUAAUAUAAAACAGACUGUUAGUCAGUUUUCCCCUCAGCAAACACGUGACUUGGAUGGGGACGCACCUGGCACUCCAAUUAGGGAAGAACCACAAAAGUCUCCAGCCAAGGCAAUCAUUAUAACCAAAAAUCUCCCUGGAAGGUACCUACAGUGAUAUAUCUUUUAGACUGGUAAAGCUGUAUCUUAGCUACAAGUGAUCUUAUUAGUUUUAGAAUGAAGUUCUUGCAUUUUUUAUGAUGUGUUAUUCCGAUGCUAUUUUUAUAAUUACAAAAUAUGGUUAUAGUGCAAAGUUUAUUUUAUGGUCAGAAUUUUAAGUAACUAAAGAUUUUAUAAGAUGAAGAUUUUAUAUGGUAAACUGUGGCUGAUGCUUCGAACUAGUUUUUAUAUUCAGGGAUGGCAUGAUAUUUUUAAAUACCAGUAACUAACUGGCUUUACCAUUCACCGAAAUUUUUAGCUUUUAUAUACCAUUUAUGCUUAUGCUAAACAGUAUACUUGCUUAAUGUGAGUUUGUAAAAUGUGAAACACUAGUAUUUCAGUCAGGCUCAGAAAACAAUUUUUCGCUCUGAAAUACAUCAUAGAGUAUAAAGCUAUAAAAUUAUAGAUACGUAUUGUAAUUGUGAACCUCAUAUGAAAUACAUACUCCUUUGUUACACAUCUCCAUCAAUUGCUGAAUUUGACAAAGAAGUUGUGCAAGGAGGCAGCAAGUCCACUUACAGGACUUAGAGUAUCAGUAGUCAAGAUGAUGCCUUGAUCAUUGGAAUAAUUUCCUGAAACGUGAUUGGGAUCCAGAAGCAAUAAGAAAUCACCUUUGCAAAUGAAAUUGAUUCUUUCAGACCAUGGGAUAAAUACCAGGGUAUUUUGAGGCAACUUGGCCUCUGUAUCAAGAAACAUGGGAAAGUCCUAAUAGGCACUUGGAUCUCCCCAUCAUUAAAUUUCUUGGGAAGGUCUUAACAUUUAGACUCACUCAUAAGUGUUUUGCAA